GCGCUUCACUGCAUUCUCGCGACAGAGGUUGCGGAGCAGUCAUUUGGCAUGCUCAUAGAUGGCCGACUGACCAUGAAAGCCUUGAGGGCAUGCAGACGCAUCCGCCUUAGUGAAGACUAUGACGAGAUAGCGAAGUAUACUGGUCCGAGCCAGGACACCAUAUCCAUGUUUCGCUCUCUACGAGAACAGUUUGAUCUGUCACACGUACUAAUAAAGGCAUCUUCCGCCGAGAGGUUCCAGCGCUCUACUGUGCAGCCAUCGUCUGCGGAUUUUCAGCGUGGUCUCCUCGACCUGGUUGUUUCGAUGGUCCAUGACCUUGCCGUCAGCAUUUUUGAAGAACUUCACCGGUCCAAGUACCAGAACACACCUCAUCAAGGCCCCGAACGACCUCUGCUUCCGGACUUCCGACAUCCAAAAUACCUCCAGUCUUAUUUGUAUCCGCACGGGCCGAUUGAGCUUGUCGGCUACUGGAUGGAAACAAGGUUGUUUGGGGGAGUGGUUGUUUUUGAACAUGGGAAUCCCCCAGGUGAGCCUGGAGCUCCCUGGAUCCAUUUCCCUUAUGAGGGAAUCAUGCGGAUGUCCGACAAGCAACUUGAUGCUUUCACACAACUUGCUUUUACAACAUGCCCCGUGUCCGACGCUGCAGCAGCGAGCGAUCUUCUACCAUUUAAAGCCGAACCGGAUGUACAAUAUGUUGAUUCAUUUGAUGCUUACGAAUUUGGCUUGUUUAGAAACUGCUUUGAGCACAAUCCACCUCCAAACAUCAGUCGAUUUAGUUGUACUGCCAUGGGGAGGAAUGUCACAUACCCAGACUGGGUGCGUGAGUAUCUCAAGAAGUCAUGA